UGAGGGGGGAGCGGGAUGAAGCACAGCUGACACUUCUAGCAGAAGGCUGCAGGUCAGGUGGGCAGGUGACCUCCUCACUAACUCCCUCACGAGUGAGACGAACUGAACAGAGUCAGAGGGAGACAGAGGGAGUUGGACUUCCUGAGCGCAUACGCGUUAUUUGUUGUGGCAGCUGCUGUGAGGAGAAAUCAAAAAUACGCGUAUAGCUCCACAGGAUUCCUCUGAGAAGGAAGAAGAAGGUCGAUCGUCAGAGAGAGAGAGAGACAGAGAGAGAGAGAGGGAGAGGGAGGGAGGAUUGUACCAAAAGGAGCUGCGUAUUCAUGCAAAUUCAUCAAAUCGUAGGCGUGCCUUUUGGCGAUGGAGUCACGGGCGGAAAAGCAAACCCCCUCGUGGAUGCCUCGCUCCCCUCACAGACUGUGAUGCGCAGCGCUCGGACGCACUGACAGCUGCACCGGAGCAAUCGUUUGAAAAGCUCAGAGACAGAGAAGAGAAAGUUCGGACUCGUCUCUCUCCACGCGUGUUCUGAUAAAGCUGCACUUCGUCUUCAACUCAAACCCUCAGCGCGACAUCUGCGCCACUGGAUCUCCACCACAGGCUUCGCCACUAACUGCGCUGCUUAUUUAAUAUUUGUUUUGUUUUGUUUUAAUCAUAUAUUUAUAUUUGACCAUCUUUUCAUACGUAUUUCAAAUUCUUCAAACACUGACGCGGAUGAAGUUACAGUCGCUCUACUUUACACAAUCUGUGCGUAAAGGCGCCGCCGCUGUUUUGUUCCUUUUUUUCAGAAUUUGAUUUUAAUUUGUGGAAUUUUUUUUCAUCAACGCCAUGUCCGAGGACGACAGCAGCUCCAACACCAGCUCCAUGUCUGACACAGAGGGGAGCACCGUCAGCGUCCUCAACUGGGAGCAAGUGCAGCGGCUGGACGCCAUCCUAACCGAGACCAUACCGAUCCACGGCCGCGGGAACUUUCCCACUCUGGAGAUGCAGCCGCGGCAGAUCGUCAAGGUGGUGCGCAGUCGAAUGGAGCAGAAACAGAUCCACGUCCGGGACGUGCGGUUAAACGGCUCCGCGGCCAGUCACAUACUGCACGGGGACAGCGGACUGGGUUAUAAGGACCUCGACCUCAUAUUUUGCGCAGACAUGAAAGGAGAAAGUGAAUUCCAGACUGUGAAGGACAUAGUUUUGGACUGUCUCCUGGACUUUUUACCCGACUGUGUGAAUAAGGAGAAAAUAACACCGUUAACGUUAAAGGAAGCCUAUGUGCAGAAGAUGGUGAAGGUGUGUAAUGACUCCGACAGAUGGAGUCUCAUCUCCCUCUCCAACAACCGGGGGAAGAACGUCGAGCUGAAGUUUGUGGACUCUCUUCGGCGGCAGUUUGAGUUCAGUGUGGACUCCUUUCAGAUCAAGCUGGACUCCCUGCUGCUCUUCUACGAAUGCUCAGAGAACCCCAUGUCCGAGACUUUCCACCCCACCAUCAUGGGCGAGAGUGUAUACGGGGACUUCAGCGAGGCCCUGGACCACCUACGUCACAAGGUCAUCUGCACCCGCAACCCGGAAGAGAUCCGAGGUGGGGGUCUGCUGAAGUACUGUCAUCUGCUGGUGAGGGGAUUCCGGGCUGCUUCCGAGACCGAGAUGAAAUCCCUGCAGCGCUACAUGUGCUCACGGUUCUUCAUUGACUUCUCUGACAUUGGCGAGCAGCAGCGUAAGCUGGAGUCAUACCUUCAAAACCACUUUGUGGGCCUGGAGGACCGCAAGUACGACUACCUGAUGACCCUCCACGGGGUGGUCAACGAGAGUACAGUGUGUCUCAUGGGGCACGAGAGGCGGCAGACCUUAGGGCUGAUCGCCAUGCUGGCAGUGCGAGUGCUUGCCGAGCAGAACGUCAUUCCCAACGUGGCUAACGUCACGUGUUACUAUCAACCUGCUCCCUAUGUGGCAGAUGGCAACUUUAGUAACUACUACAUUGCGCAGGUACAGCCAGUGUUUGCUUGCCAGCAGGCUGCGUACUCCACCUGGCUGCCCUGUAACUGAGACAGCCCUAAGGGAAGGAGGAGGAGGAGGGAGAGAGUGUGAUUUGUUUGAACAGGAUAAAGCAGCAUAGUUGCCACCCCAAACCUGCCCAGUGUUUGUCAGCUGAAAGGAAAAAAAAAAAAAAAAAAAACCCAAAGGAGUCUUCUUUUUAUGUUGUUUUGCAUCAAAGCUUGUGAUUUUGUUCAUACAUUCAGUAUGUAUGCUAAAUAUAUUACAGCUGGCUUUUAACCCAAAUACGUAUUCCAGUGUGAAUGUUUCACAUUUCCUGAAACACCAGUGGCGCCUGACUCCUGCGCAGGCUGGAUAGGUUUGGAAAAAUACUUAUUUGGUGUAGCUCGGGGGCUGAUGGCUAAAUGCAAAUAUGUGACGGGCUUUUGAACGCAAGCAGCAGAACUGUCAUCGAGACCGAUCCAAUCUGCCAAGAACUCAUUAGCCAGCAUGUCCUGUGAGCAGGGCAAACGCCCACAUCAGUGUCCUGAAGUUGACAGCUACUACAGCCCAACUUUCAGGAGUGUGUUUCUCACUUACACACACACUUACACACACCCACACUCUGGGUGCAAUCGUAGGUGCGUGCAGGGCUCCCGCACGCACCCUACACUGCUUUACUUCAGAUGAACUAAGGUGACGUGCUGCUAAAAUCGUUUGGAUCACAGGCUGACAGCACCAGCGCCUUACAGUUGAACAUAACUAUGGUUUACAGACCAAAGAUUAUUAUUUUUUUGAUCGUUUCUAACAGUAAAAACCCAAUUUUGAUGCAGAGAAAAUAAACAAAAAAUAUGAAUAUACUUUAUGUCUAUUUGUAUAUGUGAACAUACGUGUGUUAAUAAGUGCCUAUUGCCUCUCAGGGGGCAAAGAAAAUGAGCAGGCCAUACGACUUUUUGCAAAUCUGCCCCAGUCUCAAGACAUCAGCAGCCCAGAGGUUUGUGAAUGUAUACGUGAAAUCAAGUGCAGUCAGUGUUUGCAUUUGGAUGCAUAUUAGCACCAGGAGUCAGUGUUGUCUUUCAAGUAAAGUAGCAGUCAAAAGUGCAAGUGAUUGUUUGUUUUCUUUCAAUUCCAAGAUUCAAAUAGCUCAUAUGGAUGUGAGGAAACUCCCGAUUUUGACGCUCAAAUGAUCCAAAUUAACACUGGCAUCAUUUACAAAUCAUCAGCAACUAAGAAAACGCUCAAUCAAGCUCAUACAUUUUCCUGAUUUUGUACAGUGGUGCUUCUCUUCUUCUUCUUGUCAGAGAAAAAAAAAAAAAAAAAACUUCACAUGACGGAAGAUAAGAGGAAAAGACCGCAUUCAGAGUCUGACAGAGAGCUGCUGUGUGUGUUCCUGUGCUUCCUCCUGGUUGAAGUAUAUUUGCAGAGACACCGCAGAUGACGAUGAGACACUAUUUGCUGUAGCACCCUGGCAGGGAAUUCCUCGGCUGCUGCUGAAGAGCUUAAACUUAGCCGAAGUUUGAUCUGUAGACACUCUGUUCAGGGUUCAGAAACUGUUGUGCCAAAACUUUUUGGUGGCCCCACUGAUAGCCCUAAAGUUUGAUGAGCCAUUUGUUGAUGCACUGCAGACAAAGGUGAUGUCUUUAAAGAAGACGAGGAGAUAGAGUAGGGGAGAGAGAGAGAGAGAGAGAGAGAGAGAAAAGGAGAGGGAAAGGGAAAUGUGGCAGGAGGCAGAGUGAGUCAGUCUGGAGAGAUGGGUGCAGCUGGUGAUGGGGUUUAUCACUUUAGGGCUACAAUGCUGUACUGUACAAACUGUCUCUGUUUCAGUCGCACUGCAAGUCAAUGCACGGUGCUGCAGCUCACCCCCCUUUUUUUCAGGGAACACCAAAACAUCCUGUCAUCAGCAUUUGCUCUGUUUCCAUCGUCCGAAUAUUGUUUGAAAUGAAAGGAAAAAAAAAAAGAAAAGAGAGUGAAAAGUUCACACCAGCUUCACAACUUAUUUUUUUCCUUUGUGAUGUCGCUUUAAUGAUGUCUAAUAGUAAUAAUAAUGAUUAUAAUGUAUGCUUCAAUCCACACCAAUUUUAAAGAACUGUGUGUGUAUAUAUAUAUACUGUAUAUAUUUAAUGACAUGCCAUAGCUUUGCAAACUAUACCGCGCCUUCCUUAAUGGCAAAACAUAAAAUAAAAUAAAAUGGUGAUUUCAAGCAUAAAGACGAAGGUUAGACUCUACGUCCAGCAUCAAUGCAUCUCAGCAUCAUGAAAAGGAAAGGAAAAAAAAAAAAAUGCAUUUCCUGUGUCUCACAUAACAUCUGCACUGUCCAGUUGUUUCCUUCUACCAGUGACUGUCCACGUCGAUGGUAUCCUUUGGAUUGUGCAGGCAAAUGUAUUGUCUUUUGAUACUCUGUGAAGUCUAUAACACCUGACUAGCUAGUUAGCUCCAGUCUGCCUGUCAGUUAGGGAUUGUGCCUCUCACUUAGAGAUUGUGGGUAAUAUGCUUUGUCUUGUGUGUGUGUGUGUGUGUGAGUCGUCUCAAAUAUCUUUUUUUCCUGCUCUCGCGCAGUCUUUUACAAACGACACUUUGGAAAAAGAAAGAAAAAAGAUCCUUGUCUUGUAUGUAUAUUUUUUAAUGAUUGUUAUUUUUAUAAAUGUAACAGACACUGCAGAUUUGGCAGUGCUUUUGAAUCUGUGACUGGGCUUCGACGGAUAUGUUCUCAAUAGCCUUUUUUGCUAUGUCAUGUGUCCAAUGGGUCAAAAGGUUAAUGAUGUUUUCAUCAAUAAAAUAUCUGAAAACCCGA